UGCUUACCAGCAAAUUAACUAUUGCAGUGGCGAUGUAAAAAAGUAUUUAUUUUUAAUUAAAAUGUUCGUGCUAUUUCAGAACAAUAACUGAUUAACUGCACUGCUUGUUAUCUUUAAAGCUAUUAUGUGCAAUGAACGACAACCACACCAAACCACGUGAGGAGGUUUUUAACCGUAAAACCUACCUGAAUAUGUAUUUAUUUUAAUAAUGUGGAUUAUAAUUGAUUAAUCAAUUUCAUAGGCAAAUGUCGAUGAUACACGUUCUGUUAAUUCCAGUUGUACUAGUUACCUUUACGACAUGUUUGGAACGAAUUGUUGGCGGAAAUCAAGUGGAUAUAAUGAGAGUCCCUUACCAGAUUAGCGUAUUGCAAGAUUUGCAAUCGAUUUGCGGGGGAGCAUUAAUUGGCUUAAGGUAUGCUCUAUCAGCAGCCCAUUGCUUUCAUACUCCAGGAAUGUACAGAAUUCGAGCAGGUAGCAGUUUAAAAGACAGUGGAGGAGAGAUAGUAAAUAUACGAAAAGUAUUGCUUCAUCCGAAACGAACAACCCGUCUCUAUGAAUAUGAUAUUGCUAUUUUGGAGUUGGAACGUCCAGUCAAAUUCAAAAGCACAAUACAACCGGUACAGCUGCCGGACAAUGACGCGUUAAUAGUUCCUGGAAUAAAUGGUAUGAUUUCUGGAUUCGGCGAUACGUACACUGCUGAAAAUACUGGAUCAAGGGUUUUAAGAGUAGCUCAAGUCUCAGUCCAAAAUUUAAAAUCGUGUGAGAAAAGCUACAGUUUAUAUGGAAUACCAAUAACCUCUUCAGUUUUCUGUGCAGGAUCUCCUCAAGGAACAAAAGACUCUUGCCAGGGGGAUUCAGGUGGACCUUUUGUAAUAGACAAUGUACUUUAUGGUCUGGUCUCAUUUGGCUUACAGUGUGGCGAUCCGGAGCAUCCAGGAGUUUAUACAAACGUAGCAGUGUUUCGCGAUUUCAUACGAAUUAAUACAGGAAUAUAAUGAAUUGGAUUACAAAAUACACCAUUUUGUAAACAGAAUGUGUUGAAUAGUAGAAUAAAUUGGUUUCAGUUGCAUGAAAAAUAUAAAA